AUGGCUAGUCCCAAUGUUCUUACCUUCGAUGCUGAGGGUCGUGCGAUAGACUUUGAGGUCUGGCUCGAUGAUCUGCAGCUUUUCCUACAGUGUGAUAGCAAAGACGGUCUCUCACUGUUCGAUCUCACGUCUGGCGCCACUACUGCCCCUGCUGCCGAUGCUGACAGUACUGUUCGCUCACAGUGGACCACACGCGAUGCUGCUGCCCGUCUUGCUGUGCGUAGUCACCUGCCGUCCACUGAGCGCGCGCACUUUAGUCAGUACAAGAGUGCUAAGACCUUGUACGACGCUGUCGUUGCGCGCUACUCCUCCCCUGCCACUGCUGCCCUUAGUCGCCUCAUGCUGCCGUACCUUUUCCCUGACCUCGCCGCCUUUGCUACAGUCGCUGACCUCAUUACGCACCUCCGCACUAGUGACACCCGCUACCGCGCUGCGCUUCCUGCUGACUCCUGUGCCCAGAAUCCCCCCCCCAUGUACAUCACCCUCUACUACCUAGUCACCCGGCUCCCUGACUCCCUUCGCUCGGUCAGGGAUCACUUCCUCUCUCUCUGCCCCACCACACUCAUCGUUGACCUCCUCGAGGAGCGCCUCCUUGCAGCUGAGAAGAGCAUAGUCGCUGUAGGAGCCUCUCGUGGUGACCCUCGUGCCCCUUUCUUUGAGGGGUGCUCCCCCGUUCCCCUUUUGCCCUCUGUUGCCUCUGCUGCUGCUGUCGACCUCGUUGGCACGAGUCGGUCGGCGCUGCGUCUGCCCCUAGCGGGAGGCGCCGCAACAGCAAGGGCAAGGGAGGCAAGGGUGCUGGAGGAGCUGGCGGGGGUGGUGGUGGUGGCGGUGGAGGCGGCGGAGGGGGUGGGGGUGGAGGUGGGAGUGGUGGCGGAGGUGGGGGCUCUGGUGGCAGCGGUGGAGGCGGAGGCAGCGGCGGCGGCGGCGGUGGGAGUGGAGGAGGUGGCGGUGGCGGCGGUGGCGCUGGUCGGGGAGGCUCUGUGCAGCGGGGAGGCUUCGGUGGUGGCCAGCGUCAGCAGCAGCAGCGCUCUCGUGAGACCCCGCCACCCCAGCAGCUUCGUGAGUGACGCCUGGAGUCUCCAGGUCCCUGACGCCACUGAGAUCCCUCGCUGGGGUGAUCUGCUUAGGUCGGGGGUUGCUAUCUUUGAUCUUGACUAUGAUGCUAUUCUUGCUGCCAUGUAUGUUGUGUCUGCUAGUGAUGAGGGUGACUGUUACCUGUGUGUUCCGCCUGACCCGGGCAUUGCGGCUGCUGCUCUAGGUGCUAGUGAGUCUGCUGCUCCAGGUGCUAGUGAGUCUGCUGCUCCAGGUGCUAGUGAGUCUGCUCUCUCAGGUACCACGUCUGCUCAGGCGUUGCACACUUUCACCCUUGACUCGGGUGCUUCCCGCUCCUUCUUUCGAGACAACACCACCCUCACGCCGCUCAGUCGGCCGGUUGCGGUCUCCCUGGCAGACCCCUCUGGGGGUCCUGUCCUUGCCCACUACUCCACUGUGCUACCGUGUCCAGCGGCCCCGUCUGGCUCCCUGUCAGGUCUUUACCUCCCCUCGUUCUCCACGAACUUGGUGAGUGGUGCUGACCUACAGGAUGGGGGGGUUGACCAGUUCACUCCUGCGAGUCAGCGGGUGACCCACUGCACGUGUGCUCGGACGGGCCGACACUUGGCCACGUUUACCCGUCAGCCGGGGUCGAGCCUGUACACACUGACUACCGAGUCUCCUCCGGUUGCUGUGCCUGGUCAGGUAGCUGCGUCGGGUCAGGUGUUUGCUGCAGCGUCUCGGUCUGGUCCUGAGUCUGCCCCCUGCUCGUGUCGCCUCCUGUCCCACCAGACUCUUCUCUGGCACCACCGCCUUGGUCACCCCUCCCUGCCUCGUCUCCGAGGCAUGGCCUCUCGUGUCCUUGUCUCUGGUCUCCCCCGGUCUCUCCCUCCCCUCCCUCCGGGGCCUGCCCCUACCUGCGUUCCCUGCGUCGAGGGGCGGCAGCGCGCCGCUCCUCACUCCUCCGAGUUUCCGCCGACAGAGGCUCCGCUGCAGACUCUUCACAUGGACGUGUGGGGCCCAGCCCGCAUCCGUGGACAGGGUCACGAGCGUUACUUCCUGCUGGUGGUUGACGACUACUCGCGUUACACCACGGUCUUCCCCUUGCGCAACAAGGGUGAGGUUAUUGCGGUGUUGAUCGACUGGAUCCGCGCUGCUCGUCUCCAGCUCAGGAAGAGUUUCGGCUCGGACUUUCCUGUUCUGCGUCUGCACUCCGACAGAGGUGGAGAGUUUUCCUCCGACCUUCUGCGAGCCUUCUGUCGUGCGAGGGGCAUCCGCCAGACGUUCACGCUUCCGGCCUCUCCGCAGCAAAAUGGGAUUGCUGAGCGCCGCAUUGGCAUGGUCAUGGACGUCGCUCGUACGUCCAUGAUACAUGCGCCUGCUCCCCAUUUUCUGUGGCUGUUUGCGGUUCAGUACGCGGCGCAUCAGAUCAACCUUCAGCCCCGGGUCUCCAUGCCAGAGACCCCCCCCACUCUGCGGUGGACGGGGAAGGUUGGCGAUGCGUCUGCGUUCCGUGUCUGGGGAUCUCGGGCUUUUGUCCGAGACUUGUCUGCGGACAAGCUGUCCUCCCGUGCUGUUCCCUGCGUCUUCCUUGGCUUCCCCCCUGACGCGCCUGGUUGGCAGUUUUACCACCCCACCUCGCGCCGUGUUCUGUCCUCCCAGGACGUCACGUUUGACGAGUCGGUUCCGUACUACCGUCUCUUCCCCUACCGCGCUGCCCCCCUCCCCCCCCCCGCCGCUCUUUCUCGCUCCAGGUCCCCCCCCGGUAGACCCCCUCCCCCCUCAGGGUCCUGCUCCUUCAGGUGUGUCUCAGCUGAGGGGGGUGACGUUGCUGCUGACGCCCCGGCGGCCUACCGCCGCACACCACGCUUGGAGACCCCUCCGGGUUUCCCGCCGCGACCUUCUUCGCCGCCUCUGCAGCCGGUUACUGUUGACUCUGGUGCUGCUGGGGGUGGUGCUACUCGGGGUGCUGCGUCUGGGGGUGCUGAGUCUAGGGGUGCUGAGCCUGAGCGUGAGGAGACUGGAGCCGCCUUCGUCUGCGUGUGCCUCUCACCUCACAGUAGUUGCGCGACUGGUACGGUCGCCGACAGGGUCGUGCUGCUGGAGCCCGGGGCUCUGCUGCUGGAGGUACUUCUGCUGACGUCCCUGGAGCUGGGAGUGGUGCUGGUACUUUGUCUACUGGAGGUGCUGGAGUCGCUGGUCCCGGAGGUGCUUUUACUGGAGGUACUGGAGCUGCUGGGGCUGGGGGUGCAGCUGUUGGAGACACUGAGGCUGGAGACCUUGGGACUGGAGGUGCUGGUUCUGGUGGUGCUGCUGCUGGAGACACUGAGGUUGGAGACCCUGGGACUGGAGGUGCCGGUUCUGGGGCUGGAGGUUCUGGAGCUGCUGGAGGUUCUGGAGCUGCUGGGGCUGGUGCAGCUGCGCCGACAUGACUGUUCUUCGCUCCGCCAUCUCCGUCGUCUCUGCCGCCGCCUGACUCUGUUCUUCGUCAGGUUCUUACUCUCCCGUCGUCUACUGGUCUUCCGUUACAGCCUGUCUAACCGCUGCCUGCUCCUUCUCCUUACACUGAGCAGACAGGUAGUCUUGCUGAGCGUCCCUGUUCCUCUGCCGUCUCCCCCUGCGUCCUCUCUGCCUGCCGUUCCGGACCCUGAGUCUGACAGGUUUCGUGCUGAGCACCUUGCUGUCACGUGUCUGUUAACCACUGUUGUCUCUGACCCGUCAUUUGAGUCUACUCCUGCGUCUGCCUUGGUUGCUGAGCUUGUUGACUUUGCUGCUGCCUAUCGUCUAGACUACGCCGCUAGUCUUGUUGCUGAGUCUGAGUCUGUCUGUCCUCCGUCCGUCGGGGGUGAGUGUGCUCUUAGCACGGACGUCCUUGAGGACAGGCAGGAGGAGUUCCAGUGUUUUGCUGCUGCUUUACCUCAUCUCGUGUCCAUGCUGGUUGCCCCUGAGGGAGACCCGGAUGCACCAGACAUCCCGACUCCGCGCUCUUACGCGGAGGCGAUAGAGGGUCCCUACUCCUCUCAGUGGCAGUCAGCCAUGGACGCAGAGAUGGCUUCCUGGAAGUCCACAGGCACCUACGUCGACGAGGUUCCCCCACCUGGGGCGAACAUCGUCAGUGGCAUGUGGAUUUUCAGGGUGAAGCGGCCGCCGGGUUCUCCGCCUGUCUUCAAGGCGUGUUACGUGGCUCGAGGCUUCAGUCAGCGGCAGGGAGUUGACUACUUUCAUACCUUCUCUCCCACCCCGAAGAUGACCACUCUUCGGGUGCUGCUGCACGUUGCCGCUCACCGUGACUACGAGCUUCACUCGCUUGACUUCAGCACAGCUUUCCUACAGGGCAGCCUGCACGAGGAGAUCUGGCUGCGCCGCCCACCUGGCUUCACUGGGUCAUUUCCUCCUGGUACCCAGUGGAGCCUCCGGCGGCCAGUCUACGGUCUCCGCUAG